AUGGCACAAAAGGCAUUUGAGAGAAUUUACUCGGAAAUCGACUCCGAAAAUAAAGGAUUUAUUACCUUAGACGAAUUGAAGGACUUCGCUGACCGCGAAAAUAAGGGCGAGAAAUUUGUCGAAGUGAACAUGCUUCAAACUGAAAGUUUACAAAGGAGUUUUCUGUCCGCUUAUGCGGAAAUAGAUCAGGAUAGACGAGGUUUUAUUACCCACGAAGAUCUAAACAAGUUCGCAGAAAAUGCCGAUCUUCCUGAGUCAUUCACGGAACGGUGGAUCACGCUUUUUGAUCCGGAUAAAACGGGGAGCUUUACAUACAAGCACUUUUGCAAAGUUAUUGGCCUAGAUAAAACGAACCCCCAAUCCCCAGGUCCAACAGCUAUAAAAGAGCUCGUGGAUUACAAAUGCUCAUUAACACCGAAGCAAAAGAUGGAUGUGUCAAAAUUUAUUGAUAAUGAAUACAAAGUGGAAGAUUCUAGUGGAUCCAUUCAACAGUUGCUGAUUUAUAUGGACAAACAACACGGACCUCGAUGGAGAAGUCGAAUUAUUUUGGAUGAACACAAUAUUCCUGCUGUCGACGCAGUGGGUAAGCAAGUCUACGCUUUCAGUCCUGACGGGGGUCAGCACAAGUACUUAAUUUGGAAGCAGAAGGAAAAGAAAUCUGGUGGUUGUUGUGCUUGUUUUGUUUAA